CAAGACUAAGAGACAUCAUCUCCCAGAGCUUCUACUCAACACUGACUCACACACACACACACACACACACACACACACACACACACACACACACACACACACACACUGCACUUCCCCCCUCUCAUCACACAGAAGAAGAGCCACACACACACACACUCAAACACACACCCAUAUUCCGAGUCAGUGGAUCUAGAUUCUCUCUCUCUCUGCCUGUCUUCCUGAGUUUCUGUUGGAAGAUGCUCUGCUGGGAGUUGUGUCUGACCCUGCUCCUCUGGGCUCGUCCUGCGAGGACCAUCCCUUCCACCAACGUCAAGAUCACACACGCCUUCCCCCUCCAGUUGCCAGAACCAGGCCUUCCCGUCACCUGUCCGUUGUUCUGGACUGAGUUUGAAGGUCACUGCUACCGUUUCUUCCCUCUGAACCGUACCUGGGCCGAGGCUGACCUGUACUGUGCUGAAUUCUCCAACGGUCUCAAGUCUGCCAAACUCACCUCCGUACACAGCUGGGAGGAGAAUGUGUUCGUCUACGAUCUCGUCAACAGCCGUAUCCCAGGGAUACCAACAGACAUAUGGAUCGGCCUUCACGACAGGAGACAGGAGGGCACUCUGGAGUGGACCGACGGCAGUAACUAUGGAUACAGCUACUGGGAUGGCAACCAGCCUGACGACGGCAUACACCGCAUCCCCGAAAAGGAAGACUGUGUCGAGAUCUGGUACAGGCAGAACAGCGCGCUGAGGUCCUGGAAUGAUAACAGCUGUGACAAAGCCUUUCCCUUCGUGUGCAAGAUCCCCACAGUGGACAACUAGACCUCCGGGGUCCAACACACACACACACACACACACACACACACACACACACACACACACACACACACACACACACACACACACACACACACACACACACACACACACACACACACACACACACACACACACACACACACACACACACACACAGAGCCCCACUGAAAACGAUGAUAUUGGGGAACUUUCUUGCUGCUGAUGUUGCCUUCUCCUUCCUCAACCUCCCUUUCUUCCUAUCUUCCCUCAACCCUCCCUCUCUUCAUCUCCUACCUCACCACUCCAUCUCUUCUUAUCUUCCCUCAACCCUCCCUCUCUUCAUCUCCUACCUCACCACUCCCUCUCUUAUUAUCUUCCCUCAACCCUCACUCU